CGCACCUUGUAUAUUGAGAACCGUAUCGAGUGCAAUUGCGACAUUCGAAAGUUUAGGCCCCACGUCUCUCCAGGUUAUCUCCACACAAGAUUUCAGUAUUUCAGUCCAGUCCCCCUUGUACCCGAGCGCAAACGGUGAUAGGUCAUAUCGAGAGCACGUUUGGUAGUCCAAUGUCGUCAUUAGGGAUUAACACAUGCGGCACAGGUUCCUUUGUCAGCAAUCGGCGACUAUUCACCGUUCACUUCAAUUCUUUUCUUUUUGGGAAAUGAUUCGUUCACUCAAUAUCUCCAACUGAAAGUAAACAGACUUUACAAACCAUUGAACGAACUUUGCUAAGCGCUUGUACCUUUGCGCGUGUUCCCGAGUUGUGCAGCUACCAUGGCGACGAGUUCCGGGCAAAGUGCGUUACAGACGGACGAUGUGCACUUGCGUAACAAAGAAGAGGUUCCCGACGAGAAGAGCCGUCCUCCCUCUGUCCAACGUUCAUCGUCGCAAAACGGAACAGCAGAUGAGACACUGACCGCCGCGGAAACCACAUACCCGGAGGGUGGUCGUGCAGCAUGGUCGGUAGUCUUCGGUGCUUUCUGCGGCAUAUGCGCAUCGAUUGGGAUAUACAACUCAUCUGGAAUAUUUGAAGCCUUCAUGUCAGGGGAACUUCUUCCAAACGAGUCCAAAUCCAGUGUGGGAUGGAUAUUUGGGAUCUACGCUUUCGUGACAUGGUUCUUCGGAGUACAAAUUGGCCCGACCUUCGAUGCUAUGGGCCCGACCGCACUGAUGGCGGCAGGAAGUGUCUGUACGCUCGGCGGCAUUUUUGCGCUCAGCGCAUGUACAGAGUAUUACCAAAUCGUUUUGGCGUUUUCUAUAUUGACGGGCAUUGGCACGUCUCUUCUCGUCAACCCAGCAAACGGCUCCGUGGCUCAUUGGUUUAGUGAGCGCCGCGGUCUCGCUAGCGGCGUAGCAUUCAUCGGAGGCAGCUUCGGAGGUGUGCUGUUCCCACUAAUCCUGCAAUCACUCCUCCCCCAAAUUGGGUGGGCUUGGUCAAUCCGUGUCCUCGGCCUGAUCUUGUUCUUACUUUGCGGUAUCAGCGUUGCUCUUUGUCGGAGCAGGGUGCCCCCACGUAAUGGAACCGCAACUACAUGGAGAGAUACGUUACCUAGCUCUAGGAUCUUUUUUGACGGUACGGGAGCAAUGGCGGUGACCACUGCUGGAGUCGUUCUCACGGAUCUGGCAUACUUCAUCCCUGUCACGUACGUUCCGAGCUACUAUAUUGCACGACAAAACCUGCCUUCCAAUGCGGCCUUGACAGGCGAAGCAGCAUUCGCAUAUCAGUUGCUCGCCAUCCUGAACUCUGCUUCCUGCCUCGGACGUUUGGUGGCUGGAGUUGUAGCCGAUCGGUUGGGUCGAUACAACACCAUGAUUGUAUCGUUGUUCUUCUGUGCGGUGUCAGCUCUCUGUUUUUGGUUGCCAGAUAUUCUCAUCUCGGAUCUCCCCAACACUGGGCUUCUGAUGGUCUUUGUACUGAUGUUUGGGUUUGUCAGCGGUUCCAACGUCAGUUUGUUACCAGUCUGCCUCGGUCAACUUUGCGAAACUCAAGAGUAUGGGAGGUACUACGCGACCUGCUACACAGUGGUAUCUUUUGGCGUUUUGAUAAGUACACCCAUUGCUGGAGGCUUACUCGACGCGGUAGAAGCUCCAGGAAAAGCAAAAUAUUGGGGUGUUGCUGUUUUCACUGGGCUUUGCUAUGUGGUCGCUUUGUUAUGUUUCGUUUGGGUCAGAUGGCGCAUGAAGGGAUCGGACUGGAGAGUCAAAUGGUAAAAGGUCAGGGUUACGGAACAUCAUGGAAUAUGGCAUUGCAUAGCCUUGAUCAAGUAUCUCUGAAAUGCGGCAGCCACAAAAUCGGC